AUGUCUUCUGAAACGUCUGGUGGAUUUUCGGCUGGUGCCAGGGGUGGAAAUCAAGCUGGUAGGGCUGGUACUGCCGGGGCUGGAGCGACAGAUCCUACCAGUGCUGGAGGCGGUGCAGCAAAGGAGUCAGUUCGGGAAAUGGGUCAGGGAGUAAAGUCUGCUGCUGCAGGUGCCCAUGGAUUUGGCGAGAGGGUUCGUGGUUCUGCUGGUGCAUUUGUUGACCGAGCCAUGAACAAUCUAGAGGGUGCUGAAAAGAAUGAACGUGUCGUCAGGGAAGGCCAAAAGGAAAUGCAUACUGGAGAUUUCAGUCAUGCCACGAGGGAAAAGGAAGGGCUGCCACAUAGUGAACGGGAGGUGAAUAUGCAGAAGGGUGCUGGAACUGCUCAGCCUCCUCCUGACUACUACUGA